AUGUUGAACUACGCGCAAGCGGACUAUUCGGGUCGCCACACCACUCGGAUCGAGAAAACAUGGACCUAUCUGACCUCCACUGAGAGGACGGUAUUCCUCCACAUGGUGGCCAAGAAGAACAAGCGGACGCGGGAGCUGGUGAAGAACGAAGCACCGCAGCGCCCAACCGCGCUUGUGCGCCCUGCGGCUGCGGCCAAGUUGCGAGACUUCUACAAACUCCUUGGUCGAAGCGAUGAGCCGCUCGUCUGA